GUGUUCCCCACCCUCCCCCGAUCAAGAAUAUAUAUUUUUCGUAGUCAUUGUAUACUUUUUGUAAGAGCUAUUGAAACCUGAAGUUUGAAGAUGUUGGCUGCAUGUGUAUACAUUUCGAACGCGCCCACAACCAGCACCCGCCUUGAGAAGGCUUCCUUUUCGGUUUCGCCUCGGAUACACAGCGGUUAGUUCAACGCGCUGCGUUAACUUUAUACUCGGUUAAUAUGGGUAAAUAAGGACUGCGCAACAUCACUUUUUUACUCACAAUGAGACCAAUAUUGGAUUUACAGAAUACUUCGUUGAAUUUGAACGGCCGAAUGUCCAAUCUAAAAAGAAUUUCAGCUCAUUUUUACGAGCAGUCUACGUUUGACUGCGUUUUAUGAGUCGGGUAGGUUGACCGCAGUUGAAAAACUAUGCUGAUAAUAUAUAGGCAAUUGGGAAACAAUUAAUUUGUCGUUUUGUGACAUUCGGGAGAUCUCACAUCAUUUCCGACUACUUUACCACGAGGGAGGAUUAUGGGCUGUAUUACGAGACUCUUCCUCAGGUGGCGUGUCUUCAAACUGAUUGCACUAGCGCUGUCCAUCUGGGCUAUGCUGCUGCUCCACAGAUAUCUGCUGAAUCCCACCAGCCCAUCUGACUUGCACAGGGCAUUCCUCCAGUCGAGACACAUCCGCUUCUACCCCAUCGUCACACAGCCUUGCUGCAGCUGUCUCCAAUCAGCCAACCCCACACCUAGACCCAACCCGGGACCCAGUCACAAAAGACUAGGUUCUCUCUCCUCCAGAUCCAGACGUGGAGCCAGAGGAAACCCCUGCCAAUGCUCUUGUCCCAGUCCCAGCUGCAGACCAAUCCUUCUGCUACUGGCCAUCAAGUCCCACCCUGCCCACUCUGCCCGUCGGGCUGCUAUUCGAGCCACCUGGGGCAGAGAGAGGGUGUUGAAAGGAGAGAGGGUGAGCAGAGUGUUUCUGCUGGGUCUGGGGGGAGAGGAAGGUGACUCUGGGGUGAGGAAGGAGAGCGAAAGGUACGGGGACAUCCUUCAGUGGAUGUUCCAAGAAUCCUUUUUCAACGUGACCCUGAAAGAGGUCCUGUUCUGGAACUGGUUCCAGCAAGAGUGUUCACGAACAGUCCUCUACGUUCUAAAGGGGGAUGACGAUGUUUAUGUGGACGUGGAGAGAGUAGUGGGGCUGCUACAGGGCAGGGAGAGAGCAGUGAUGAGAAGAGACAGUGGAGAGAUGAGGGAACAGACAGGAAGAGGCGAAGAGGCAUCAGUAGGGGAUCGGACAGGGACGGAAAGCGAGCACUGGGGAAAGAUAUUAAUAAGGAGUGGGAGAGCGAUGGAGAGUAGGGCUAAGAUGACAAGAGAGAGUGGACAAGGGACAGAGAGACUAAAUGAAACUGAAACAAAUAAGGCAAGAACAGUGGCGUCUCCCCAGCCUCUUUACAUGGGGCAUAUCUUUGUGGACACCCACCCUGUACGUAUUUGGUGGAAUAAGUACUAUGUCCCCUACUCCCUAUACACUGGUCCCUACCCUCCUUAUGCUGGUGGCGGGGGCUAUCUUCUCUGCAGAGAGGCGCUGGCCCUCCUCCACCAGGCCUCCACCAAGCUGUCUCUCUUUCCCAUCGAUGAUGUUUAUGUUGGUCUAGUCGCACAGGCAGCCAACAUAUCAGCCACACACCACCCUGGCUUCUUGCCUGUGGAAUACUCCUUCUAUCGCCACCCAUGUAACUAUUUCAACAGCUUCAUGGUCCUCCACAAGCUUCUGCCAGAUGACAUGCUCCAUCUCUGGAGCUUCCUCCAGACCCAGGGACAUUCAUGUAGGGAACCCAGGAUGGACUAAUAAUACCAGAGGGCAAUUAUUUUCUGGGUGGAUAUAAGCCUCCCUUGGUGGAGCCAAAAUCUAAGGAUGAAGUUUGCCCUAAGACUCUGAUCAAGGCUCACAUUCAUCUUUUUCCCACUGAUGGUCUUCUGUCGUAUCAUGAGGUUGGUGGAACUGUAUUCUGACCCAUGUAAUAUAUGAUUCCAAAAAAAGAUUUAAUGUUUCAAAUGUAAUUGGUGAAGUGAGUGCACAAUUGUAUUACACGUAUCAAAGAUGGCAGUUCUCCAGACAUUUGAGGUUGCAAGAGCUAAGAUGCAUGCAGAGAGGCUGGGGAGGAAGUAAGAUGAGCGUGUUUCUCAAACUACCUCUCUGUUAUAAUUCAACACUGGGAUUUGGGGAAUGUUUUAAGACUACUAAGCCCACAAUGUUAUCAGUGGACACAUUCCAAUAUCUUCCUUCCUGUGUAUUGUCUGUUUAACACUUGGACUGCCAAGCCUUUCAAACGAACAUUAGCUACCAGAGCCGAAUGCCAUUUUUUGUCAUUAGCAUACAAAUCAGCCAUAUUUGUAUACACAUUCUCCUCCGCAGCAUCAACAUCCAGCCAGAGCGUUUGUUCAUCUACUAGGUUGUCAUCAAACUAUAUACAGCAAAAUAGUCAAAAAAAAUUAUGAAUUACAGAUUUUGUUUGUUUGAAAUGGUUAAUGAACUUGAAAAAAUACAAGAAUGUGUUUGCAUUGAAGGGCUUAUCAUCAAUAAAUUAUCAAUAAAACGACCAAAAAAGAAUACAUAGAACGAUUAAUUCUAAGAACACAAGCUAUAGUAUUUUCGUUUAUUUAUUACGCCCUACAAAUGUACAAAAUGAAAAUUACUCAACACUUAAAUUAUUCAAAAAUAAAUCCCUUAUAAUUUCGUUUUCAUUUUGAUCUCAUUUUGGUGAUGUACAAGGUAAAAUUACAGACAUUAGUUGACCAGUUUGUGACAAUCAGAGGAUAUCGGCAUGCAUAGCCAUACAUAAGCCUAAAGCAUGGUUGCUUGAUUUUAACGCUAAUGCAUAGCUCUAGUCUCCUAGAUUACUGGCAUAUACGAUUUGUCUAUAGGUGACAUUAGUUUUCAAAAAACUGAGAGCAGUUAUUAGAAAAAGAUAAGGUCCAAAAUGAAUAGGCUAUGUGCACUGCGCAUCUUUGCAGGUCUCUUCCAGGGGUUGUGGUGGGGCUAUCUAGUUGAUUUUAAUGCCAAUGCAUAGCUCUAGUGGUAAGGAAUAUCGUUGGUAUUUUGUUUUGUGAGAAACAAUUUAGCCUAAUACAUUUGUAGAAUAUUAAUCUUCAGUAAAAUAAGCAGAUAAAAUUCAAAGGGACCUGAUAAGAUGUGCGAUUUAGUUUAUCUUUCUCUUGUAAUAUAAAAACAGUAAUGUGUAAUACAUUGUUGAAUUGGUCAUUGGUAAACAAUAUCCAUAUUUCAUUUUGUGAAUAAUUAAUUAGCAUAAUACAUCUGUAGACUUUCAUUUUAGAUUUACAUUUGAUGAAUUAGCCUACACAAUAAGGUGAAUCUUCUAUUGAAAAACGGUAAUGUGUGAUAAGUAGCUUAUAUAAUUUGUAUUAUGUUUCAAUAAUAGCCUAAUUAAGUUUAUGAAUGGUCAUGGAAAUCUUGUUUCAUUUGUAUGUUAAGUCAAAUUCAACCAGGGCUCUGAUCAUUCACCUGGGAGUAUUGUGCAUUCAUCCAUUGAGAUCCUGCAUUCAGUGAGGAGUGAUUAGCGCCUGGGUACCAUUUGGGUACCAACGCUAAGUGCCAUGGGCUGUUGGUGGAUAAAGUUGGAAAACGGGGUAAAAAACAAGUAAAUAGUCUGUAAAUAGUUUUCUGUUUGUCAGUGUAGAAUUGGGACAAUGGAACAAUGUAAUACAGUGGAGAGAACAAGUAU